AUUGCGGGGGAUUUGACACUAUGGGAAACCUGGACGAGUUACAAGCUCAAACCUUAUUAGCCUAUCUGAUUUGAUAUGGAUAAACGUAUUUUGUACAUUUUAUUUUUUAGAUUGAUUGAUAAACUAUUGGUUCAAGCUAGCUAGCUAGUUGUGAUGCGGAGAGGAGACCCUGUUCCCCAGGCCUUCCAGGCCCCAGUGGAUGUCCAUGCUAGUGUAGAUGGCCAGGUAUACAUGUUCAGGCGCGGCCAGCCAAAUGACUCUGCAGGCUCUUCAGAGGAAGAAGAGUUCAAUAUGAUGGCGCUUAGGCCCCGGGGGCGGCAGGAGCCGGACCAGGACAGACUGGGCAUCCUCAUGCUGCUGGAGAGGGAUGUAUUGGUUGGGGACAACCUCAACAAACUUGCUCUGCAAUAUGGCUGCAAGGUGGCCGACAUAAAGAGGGUGAACAACCUGAUUCAGGAACAGGAUAUGUUUGUAUUGAAAUCAAUCAAAAUCCCUGUGAAGAAACACAGCUUAUUGGCUGUGGCUAACACCGAGCUAAAUGAGCCAGAGCCAGGAACCUCAAAUUCAUCCACUCCACCUCCCCAGCCACAGGACAAACCUACAGCCAGCUGCCCUGGUAGGCCACAUCUACAGGAGUACACUGACUUCCUCAAGGAAGUGGACCAUGACAUCGAGAGACUGAUCCAAACCACAGAUGCACAGGGUGAGGUUUUUUUAGAGGCUGCAGAGCCGCUACAAAAUUUGGCCUCCAGAGGCCAGCGCCUGACCAGCUAUGGAGCAGAUUGGGGCAUCCAGUGGUGGAACGCUGUGGUGGCCAUGAUCCUGAUAGGCAUUAUCCUGCCUGUCUUUUAUGUUGUUUAUAUCAAAACUGCUACCUCAAACAGCUCAGGGACAGGCCUCAUCACAGAAAGCCCUAGGAGCACUUUUAGCAGCCAGGAGAGUGUCCCUCAGUCUGAAAGAACCAAACACAUAAUUGAGGGAAAGAAUGCCUAUGCUUAACUUUGGUCAACCAAUGUUGGGCCUAAGGACAAUCACUUUAAAUCCCUAAUCAGCGUUCUCCUUAAAGGUCAUCAAAGUAUUGCCUUAACAAAGAAGUGUUGCCGUGUAACAUUUCUUUACAAAAGAUUGAAGCUGUAGUAUGGAUUUCUGUAAGUGUUUUACCAUAGACAUUGAACUUCAUGGU